AUGUCAAUGAUAAAUCUAAGACAAAAAACUGCAGUUUUGGCACAAACAUACCAAAAUGGAAUUUUAUCCCUGUUGCCGAAUGCUCUCACAAAUGACUCGAAUAGACAAUAUAAUACCAAUACAAUGGUGCCAGUGAGGAAAAGACAUUUUCUGAGAGGCAACGAAAAACUGAAGAGAAGCGUCCGACAUUUGGGAGGAGGUAUUGUGAAAUCCCCAUUGGGACCAGUUGACGAAAUUCCUAACGAAAAUUUGGUGGAAUUUUGUUUUAAGGAAUCGGAAAAUUGGUCGGACGAACCAGCAGCCACAUGCGCUGUGACAGGCAGGAGCUAUACCCACGGUAUGAUGAGAAUGUUAGUGAAUAGAUGUGCUCAAGCCCUACUAGGGCAUUGCGGCCUCCAACCUAGAGAGGUCGUAGGACUGUUGCUACCCAAUAUACCUGAAUUUGUUAUAGUAUGCCAUGGUGCUAUCGAAGCUGGAUUAGUUGUUACUUUCGUCAACCCUCUGUACACUCCAGAUGAAAUUAAGAGACAAUUUCAAAGUGCUGGGGUGAAAAUGAUAAUUACUGUUCCUAUACUGUUAGAAGUAGCUACAACUAUAGCUCCUGAACUACAGAAUUAUAGAUCAACUAUUUGUAUUGGAGGAGAUGACGACAUCUCCAAAAAUGUACAUGGUCUUCAAAGUUUAUUGACGGCUGGACAUGAAAGUGAGCUUCCCGGUAUAAAUCCUAGAGAAGUAACGAUUCUUCCAUAUUCCAGCGGCACCACUGGACUUCCAAAAGGCGUUAUGUUGUCGCAUUUCAAUUUGAUAUCCAAUUUGGUACAGCAGAGCCAUCCUGAGGUCUUGAAGACGCGGACAGAAGACGGUUCGAAAUACACGAUCUUCACGGCUCUCCCCUUCUUCCACAUCUACGGCUUCAACAGCAUCCUGAACAACUCGUUGCGGUCCGGCUGCCACAUCAUCACAAUACCGAGAUUCUCGCCUGAGGAUUACAUAAAGGCACUCGAAACGUACAAACCGACCUUCCUGUGCACAGUGCCGUCCCUGUUGCUCUUCCUGGCCACCCAUCCGGCUGUCACGACGGAGCAUCUGGCGCCGGUGGAGGAUGUUUGGUCUGGUGCUGCCCCCCUAACUGAAGGGAUUCUGCAGAAGUUCAAGGAGAAGCUCAAUAAACCCCAUGUCGUUGUUAGACAAGGUUACGGUAUGACAGAAAGUUCACCAGUUUCCCUCUGUAUGCCAUUGUCUACUCCUCCAACCAAAGUAGGAACAGUUGGUGUCCCAUUCCCAGGCACCGAAGCCAAAAUCAUGAGUCUCUCAUCAGGAGAAGUUCUAGGACCCAACGAACCAGGAGAAUUAUUAGUCAGGGGGCCACAGAUUAUGAUGGGCUAUUUGAACAACGAACAAGCAACUGCAGAAACAAUUGAUGAAGAAGGAUGGUUACACACUGGGGAUGUGGCAUUAUAUGAUGAAGAUUCAUAUUUUUAUAUUGUAGACAGGUGCAAAGAACUCAUUAAGGUGAAAGGAAAUCAAGUGUCUCCAACUGAAUUGGAGAAUCUGAUUUUGGAAAUAGAGGGGAUAGUGGAUGCUGCUGUGAUCGGUAUCCCGGAUCCUCUUGCUGGGGAAGUCCCGAAGGCCUACGUGGUUCGCAAACCAGGAAUCGACCUCAGUGAAAGUGAAGUCCAGCGUUUCGUCAAUGGAAAAGUGACCAAUUACAAAAAAUUAGUAGGUGGCGUGAAGUUCAUCGAAUCGAUUCCUAGAAAUGCCAGCGGGAAAGUCCUCAGAAACGAACUAAGACAGCAAUGA